AUGUUGUUCGUUGGAUCUAUUCUCAUCACCGUAUCUCUUUUACUUCUCGGCGCUUAUUUUCUAAGCCCCAUCGCCCUUCGUCGUCUUGUAAGGGACAAAGAUGGCAAUACCAUCCCUCCCGGACCCCCAACACGAUACGCCUACCUACGCAAAUACUCCGAGCGCGCACUGGACAGCUGGGCAAAGCAAUACGGAGACCUCUUCUCUAUUUGGAUGGGCAAUCAACUAUUUGUAGUCAUCUCCGACCCGCAAGUCGCCAAAGAUCUGCUCGUCACCAACGGAGCGAUAUUUUCCAGCCGGAAGCGAUACUUCUUGAAAAGUCAAGUUAUUCUAAGAGGUCGUGCUAUUACGGGCUCUCCGUAUGGGGAGAAGUGGAGGCAGCAUCGGCGGCUUGCUUCUCAGGCCCUGAGUCCGAAGUCCAUGGAGGACCAUGCAGAUAUCAUGGACUACGAGGCUCAUAUGCUAAUAAAGGCUCUAUAUGAGCAAAGCGAGCGAGGAACAACCCCAUUAAGCCCCGCACAAGCUUCUGUAAGAUACGCACUGAACAACAUGCUGAUGCUUUCCUUUGGGAUGCGAACUACGUCAAUUGAAGAUCCUUUGAUCGCAAAAGCGAUGAAAUUGAACAUGGAAUUCAUGGAACUUAGUGGACCGUGGGCAAAUGCAAUCGACUUCUUUACAAUUCUUCAGUAUAUCCCAACUUCGAAAAAGAAAAGGGGACAUCAGCUAUACGCCGACAUCAUUGACACCUACGGCUCAAUGAUUCUCCAGUUCAAGGACAAGAUGCUCGCCGGCGAGGAUGUUCCCGAUUGCUUGAUCAAAACUCUUCUGGAAAAUCAAGAGACGGAGAAGCUUGACUGGGAAGACAUCUGCAUGCUAUCAGCUGUCUUCACACUGGGAGGAGUACAUUCGGUAUCUGUAAUGAUCCAAUGGUUCAUUGCAACUAUGAUUUCUCAUCCUGAUAUCUGUGUAAAAGCUCAACAAGAGCUGGACAGAGUCAUUGGACGUGAUCGCUGGCCCACCAUCGAGGACGAGUUCAACCUCCCAUACGUUCGAGCUAUAAUCAAAGAGUUGGAACGCGUACACGCACCAUUCUGGAAUGCAACCCCCCAUUUCACAACCGAAGAUUUCGCUUAUAAGGGGAACUAUAUACCCAAAGACACCGUCGUGAUACUCAACUGCUAUACCAUUCAUCACAACGAGACAAGAUACCCUGAUCCCUUUUCGUUCAAUCCCGAGCGAUAUCUCAAUGACGGUCUCAGUAGCAACGAAUCCUCAAAACUCUCCGAUCCCAUGGCUCGUGAUCAUUGGACAUUCGGCGCUGGAAGAAGAAUAUGCCCCGGGAUUCAAACGGCGGAACGCGAGCUAUGGUUGGUUUGCUCGCGAUUACUCUGGUCAUUCAACUUCAAUUCCAUUCAAAACGAACCAAUCAGUCUGGAUGAAUAUGAAGGAUUCUCUGGUCGUACUCCAAAGGCAUUCAGAGUGGAGCUGACUCCUCGCUUUGAAGGCGUUGCAAACAUUUUAGACAGUGCCGAAGACGUUCCUGUAUACCUCUGA